UGAUCGAACAGUUGAGCGUGUUCCUGGGUAAAGUUCCAUGUAUUUAAAAUCACGAAAUGGAAGGAGUUAUUUCAAUGACUUAUAAUGAAAUAGGAAUUGCGAUUUUUUUUCCUGCACUUCUCAGGAAAAUGUGUUAGUCAUCUGAUGCACAAAAGUGUGACGACUUCUGUCAGUCAGUGAACUUAUAGGAGUACACUCGAAGGACUUGUCAACGACAAUCAGAUCAGAUGAGAGACAUAAAAAAAUAAUUGAUUAAGAGACUAAAUGAUUAUGAUUUCUUUGAAUAUUGGGCAUUUUGAGUGAUUAAAUGAAAAUGAAGAUAUCUAUAUUGACUAUUGUCUUCCUCGUCUCCAUUGUUAUGCUCUCUAUUUUUGUUGCAAAUGUAGCCAAUUUAAUUGCAACUGAUAGUGAUGAAGAGAUGAUUCAAAGGCCCAAAGGAGAGGAACCCCGAAAGUAUAACAUUGGGGAUAAAAUGGACAACCUCAUGUGGUUUUUACAGAUAUCCGACAUCCACAUUAGCAUUUUUAAGGACCCCUCUAGAAUAACCGAAUUGAAGGAGUUCUGCGAUGUAACUGUUGAUGCAUUCAAUCCGCCGGUAGUACUAGCCUCUGGUGACUUGACUGACGCGAAAAAGAAAGAUGCUAUGGGCUCUAAACAAGUAUUGGAUGAAUGGAAACAUUAUAAAAGAGUUCUGGAUGAAUCUGGAGUACUCAAGAGGACUACUUGGCUUGAUGUCAGAGGGAAUCAUGAUAACUUCAAUGUUCUCAACUUGAAAUCCUCCGAGAACUACUACUUGAACUAUUCAGUCCAAGGAAAAUAUCAUCCACGUUCAUAUUUGCACCACAUAAAUCAUAAGUCGGAGAAAUAUUCGUUUAUAGCGAUUGACGCUUGCUUGGAGCCUGGACCUAAACGUCCCUUCAAUUUUGUGGGCUUCCUCGAUGAGCCAGAGAUAGACAAGAUAAAGAAACUAGCACAACACUCCAAGGAACUUGGUAGUGACUAUAUCAUCUGGUUCGGGCAUUAUCCAACAUCCUGCAUCCUCUCACAAUGUGAUAAUGGUCUGAGAGAGAUUAUGGCUGAACAUAGAGAGGGAAUGGUCUACCUUUGUGGACAUUACCAUACCCUAGGAGGAAUUGCCCCUCAGAUGUACACAUUGCAACGAGGGGGAUACCUAGAGCUAGAACUUGCUGAUUGGAAGGACAAUAGGAUGUACCGAAUAGGAGUAAUUGAUCAUGGACAAUUCUCAUUCAGUGAUAAUCAGCAUAACGACUGGCCUGUUGCUCUCAUCACGAACCCAAAACAUAUAUUAUUUUCGAUGCCCCAAAGGGAAAAUAUCAAAUCGAUCAUCGAGUCCACGCAUAUGAGAAUCUUGGCGUUCUCUACAGUUCCCAUCAAGGCAGUUAGUGUCAGAAUUGACGAUGAAAAAUGGGUUCAGUGUAGAAAAGUUGAGGGAUCUCUUUAUGUGGCGACAUGGAAUGCUUCGCGAUACUUAAAGGGGAUUCAUAGUAUCAAAACCCGAGUUGUGGAUGAGCUAAAUAGGAAAAAAGAGGUGGCACAAAUGUUCGCUCUAGAUGGGUCGAGGAUGUCCUUCAAGUUACUUCCGAGGUUCCUGCUGAUGUCUGAUGCUAGCAAAAUAAAGUAGUCUUUAUAUGAGAUCUAUGCCAGUUCACGUCUUCGCUCUCUUUUG